GGCCCUUGGGAGCCACCCGGAAGGCCGAGCCCGCCGGCCCCACCUGGAGAGGAGCUUAAAGGCCGGCCGGGCGGGCACAGCGCAGCCGGUUCCUGCACCAUGCCCGCGGCCCGCAGCGUCCUCAUCUUGGCGGGGCUCCUGGCUCUCUGGGCAGAGCUGCCGGCAGCAUCCGCCCAGAAUGACACCACAAAAGCCGGCGUGUGCCCGAGCCCGGCGGUGGAUGCGGUGAACUGCACGGUGGGGUGCCAGUCCGAUGGCGACUGCGAGAGCACCCUCAAGUGCUGCCCGGCAGCCUGCGGCAAGGCCUGCCAGAAGCCUGACGAGAAGCCUGGCACCUGCCCACCCGUGAACCCGGGCAUCCCCAUGCUGGGCGUCUGCGCCAACCAGUGCAAGACCGAUGCCAACUGCUCCGGGGUCCAGAAGUGUUGCAGGAAUGGCUGUGGCAAGGUCUCCUGUGUGACACCCAUCCAUUGAGGUGCAGCCGUCUCCUGCCAGCCCAGCCACAGGGAAGCUGCUGCCCGAUGCCCAUCCCACAUGCCCUGGACGUGGCCCUGCACCAUCCCCCUGGCUUGGAGCCUUCAGCCUCAGUUUUCUCCCUGAGGUUCUCUGCUCAGGGCAAACCCCCUGCACUCUCUCCAAUAAAGCAGCUUCUCCCUGA